GUGGAAGCCAAUGUAGAUUAUAGAAAGAAAAGAAAAAUUAGAAAAAGAAAAGAGAAACCGAGUAGAAUAAUUGAUGAAAAUUUUCUCUCUAUAAAUAUAUUCACAUAUCCAUUUCAUCCAAUCCCUUUCUUCUGCUUCGGUAACUGCAACUGCACAAAGAAAGAAAGAUAGAAAUCGGUUACAGGCCAAAGAAAGAACAAGCAAAAGUAAUCGGCGGUGCUCAAAAGCGAUCGCUCAUCGGAUUCCGGCGAACUUCAGAUCCUCGCUCUUGCUUUUCCGGUAAGUCGGAGUAAUUUGGAUUGAAAUGAGUAAAGAUUCUUUGCAUCAACACCAGCGUGUCGCCGUCGCGUAAAGGCUUUGGUGAUUUCGAUCGAAAUUUUUGUCUUGGCUAUUUUCGGAGGCAUUUUGUUGUUGGUUGUUAUAUUCUUGCCGUGUACUGUCUUUUUGUUGACUGCUGGAAAAUUAUUAUAUAUGGGCUGAGGUGUGUUUUUCAUGGGAGGUGUGGAAGAUGAAGAACCAGCUUUAAAAAGAACGAAAUUGUCAGCUAAAGGAUUUUUUAGUCUUUCUAACUGUUCGUCUUCUGUGGAGUGCGUUGUAGGAUCUUCAAGUGGCUCGAUGGCUCGGCCCCUGUCAAAUGAAGGGGACGAUAAAGUUGUUGGUUCAAAAGGGAUUAUAAACAGGGAGGAGUUUGUAAGGAUAAUCACAAAGGCAUUAUAUUCUCUUGGGUACGAAAAGAGUGGGGAAAACCUGGAAGAGGAAUCUGGCAUUCGUUUGAAUUCGUCUGUGGUAAAUCUGUUUAAGCAACAAAUACAUGAUGGUGAUUGGGAGGAAAGUGUAGCCACAUUGAAAGAAAUUGGUCUAGAAGAUGAAAGCAUUGUUCGGGAUGCCUCAUUUUUAAUAUUGGAGCAGAAAUUUUUUGAGCUUCUUAAUGGGGAUAAGGUCAUGGAUGCAUUGAAUACAUUGAGGACUGAGAUUACACAAAUUUGUGUUGAUAGUACUAGAAUUCGCGAACUUUCUUCCUGUAUAGUGUCUCCGUAUGGCCAAGAUGGUUCUUCUAUCCAAGAUUUUAUAAGGGCGAGGACUCGGUUGAAACUGCUGGAGAAACUACAGAAACUGAUUCCUCCGACUGUAAUGAUACCUGAGAAAAGAUUGGAACAUCUAGUUGAACAAGCCAUCAUCUUGCAACGAGAAGCUUGCUCAUUUCACAAUAUAUUGGAUAAGGAGAUGUCAUUAUAUUCAGAUCACCACUGUGGAAAAACUCAGAUACCAUCUAGAACAUUACAGAUAUUAGAUGCCCAUAAUGAUGAAGUAUGGUUUGUACAAUUUUCACAUGAUGGGAAAUAUUUAGCCACAGCAUCAAAAGAUCGAACUGCAAUCAUUUGGGAGGUUGCUACCGAUGGUGGACUGUCAAUGAAGCAUAGACUAAUUGGUCACCAAAACCCUGUUUCAUCUGUUUCAUGGAGUCCUAAUGGCCAGGAGCUUCUCACAUGUGGAGAGGAGGAAGCUGUUAGGCGUUGGGAUGUCAUUACGGGUGAGUGCCUGCAAGUUUAUGAAAAGAAUGGUUCCGGCUUUAUCUCCUGUGCAUGGUUUCCUUGUGGGAAGUAUGUACUUUCUGGUCUCAGUGACAAGAGCAUAUGCAUGUGGGAAUUAGAUGGGACAGAAGUGGAGUGUUGGACAGGACAAAAAACCCUCAAGAUUUCUGAUUUGGAAAUAACUGGUGAUGGGGAACAUCUUCUUAGUAUUUGUAAAGAGAACACAAUAAUGUUCUUCAAUAAAGAAACGAAGCAUGAGAGAUUUAUUGAAGAGGAUCAGGUGAUAACUUCGUUCUCUCUGUCAAAGGAUAGUAGAUUCUUGCUGGUUAGUCUUUUGAACCAAGAAAUACAUCUUUGGAAUAUAGAAGGUGAUCCUAAGCUUGUGAGCAAAUAUAAAAGUCACAAACGCUCCCGGUUUAUCAUUAGGUCUUGCUUUGGUGGGCACGAGCAAUCAUUUAUUGCUAGUGGAAGUGAGGAUUCACAGGUUUACAUAUGGCACAGAAGCUCAGGGGAUUUGGUAGAUGCAUUGCCUGGACAUUCUGGAGCCGUUAACUGUGUGAGCUGGAAUCCAGCUAACCCCCACAUGUUGGCCUCAGCCAGUGAUGACCGCACAGUCCGGAUAUGGGGCUUAAAACGUCUGGAUGUGAAGUGCCCAAAUGCAUACAGCAACGGCAACAACCAUCACUGCAAUGGUGGGAAAACUUAGAUGAAGGAAAACUCUUACAGUUUUAUUUUCUCUUUUAUCAUUGCAACUGUGUAAAUAAUACCCAGUAGACAUUCAUAUUAGCAAUCAGUAACGCCCAUCUGACUUUUUAGCAAUCUCGAAAAAACCAUGGUUCGAUUAA